UGAGCGGUUUGUUGUUUCAACAUCAUUCAGUCAGUGGGAGGAAAAGCAGCUUCACUUUCCCUCAGCUAUGAAGGACUAAUAUAUUUUAUUUUCAUUCCUGUUUUAACGCUACACUAUUUCUGUCUCUGUGCAUGCCGUAAUGUACAGAAGGACGAGUUUGUGUGGAAGGAAAACAUACAUGUUGCGGAAGUAUUUCGGCGGAGAAAGGAAAGGCGAGCUGGCUAACUUUUAGUAGCUAGCAAGCUAAUCCUUUAGCAACGCAUCUUAUUGAGCUAGCUGAGCUAAGCUAAGCUAAGAUCCUGAGGAUGCUGCGGUGGAUACGGCAACAGCUGGGUUUUGACCCGCCGCAUCAAAGUGACACCAGAACUGUUUACAUCGCAAACCGCUUCCCCCAGCAUGGACAUUACAUUCCACAGAGGUUUGCAGAUAACAGGAUCAUCUCCUCCAAGUACACCAUAUGGAACUUCAUUCCCAAAAAUCUGUUUGAGCAGUUCAGAAGGAUAGCCAACUUUUAUUUUCUCAUCAUCUUCCUUGUCCAGUUAAUGAUAGACACACCAACUUCCCCUGUGACAAGUGGACUUCCCUUAUUUUUUGUCAUAACAGUAACUGCCAUUAAACAGGGCUACGAGGACUGGCUGAGACACAAAGCCGAUAAUGAAGUAAACAGCGCUCCGGUGUUUGUGGUGCGCAGUGGCAGUUUGGUGCAAACUCGCUCCAAGAAUAUACGAGUUGGAGACAUAGUGCGAGUAGCAAAAGAUGAGACGUUUCCAGCUGAUCUGGUGCUGCUGUCUUCAGAUCGAGCAGAGGGGACGUGUCACAUCACAACGGCCAGUUUAGAUGGAGAGACAAAUCUGAAGACUCACUUCGCAGUACCGGAGACUGCUGUGUCCCAGUCCGUGUCCCGGCUCGAGGCUCUGCAGGCCGUGGUGGAGUGCCAGCAGCCUGAGCCAGAUUUAUACAGGUUUGUUGGGAGAAUCACAGUAACGCAGCAUGGGGAAGAGAUUGUCAGACCUCUAGGACCAGAAAACCUCCUGCUUCGAGGAGCACGACUGAAAAACACCAGAGAGAUCUUUGGUGUGGCUGUGUAUACAGGCAUGGAGUCCAAGAUGGCUCUGAAUUACAAGUGCAAGUCCCAGAAACGCUCAGCAGUGGAGAAGUCGAUGAACACGUUUCUCAUCAUCUAUCUGGUUAUCCUGCUUUUUGAGGCUGUCCUCAGCACCAUUUUGAAAUAUGCCUGGCAAGCAGAGAAGAAAUGGGACGAGCCAUUCUAUAACGGGAAGACUGAGACAGAACGCAACAGCAGCAAGAUUUUGAAGUUCAUAUCUGAUUUCUUGGCUUUCCUGGUUCUGUACAACUUCAUCAUCCCCAUUUCGCUUUAUGUCACUGUGGAGAUGCAGAAGUUUCUGGGUUCCUUCUUUAUUGGCUGGGACCUGGACCUCUACCAUGAGGAGAGCGACCAGAGAGCCCAGGUCAACACCUCCGACCUCAACGAGGAGCUGGGGCAGGUGGAAUAUGUUUUUACUGACAAGACAGGAACUUUGACUGAAAAUGAAAUGCAGUUUCGUGAAUGUUCCAUCAACGGCAUCAAAUACCAAGAGAUCAACAGCAAAUUGGUCCCUGAAGGAAUGACUGAGGACGUCCCAGACACCGGCUCAAUUUCUCGCCUGAGCAGGGAACAGGAGCUGUUCCUGAAAGCCGUGUCUCUGUGCCACACGGUUCAGAUCAGUUAUGAUCAGACGGACGGUGUGUCUGAUCCUUUCUCGCACGCUAACGGAUUCACAUCUCAGAUGGAGUAUUACGCCUCGUCUCCUGAUGAGAAAGCCCUGGUGGAAGCCACUAAGAGGAUGGGCGUGGCCUUCACAGGAAGUAAUGGAGAAAACAUGGAAAUCAAAACAUUCGGCAAAUCAGAAAAGUAUAAACUCCUUCAUGUGUUAGAGUUUGACGCAAACCGAAGGCGCAUGAGUGUGAUAUUACAGACUCCCUCAGGGGAGAGGGUAUUGUUCACUAAAGGAGCCGAGUCCUCUGUUCUUCCCUACACCAAGGGUGGAGAGAUCGAGAAGACGAGAGUACACGUGGACGAAUUCGCUCUGAAGGGUCUAAGGACACUGGUGGUGGCCUACAGGCUCUUCAGUGUGGAGGAGUAUAAAGAAGUGGAACGGCGGAUCCACGAGGCUCGAACGGCUCUUCAGCAGAGAGAAGAGAGGCUCAAUGAAGCUUUUAACUUCAUCGAGAAAGACCUUCAAUUGCUUGGAGCUACUGGAGUGGAAGACAAGUUGCAGGAGAAGGUCCAGGAGACGAUUGAGGCUCUCCGUUUGGCUGGAAUUAAAGUGUGGGUGCUAACGGGAGAUAAACACGAAACAGCUGUCAGUGUGAGUCUCUCCUGUGGCCACUUUCACCGCACUAUGAACAUCCUGGAACUUGUGCAGCAGAAGUCUGAUCAUGAGUGUGCAGAGCAGCUCCGCAGACUCGCACGCAGGAUCAAAGAGGACCAUGUGAUCCAGCAUGGGUUGGUAGUGGAUGGUGCAAGUUUGUCUCUGGCUUUGCGUGAACAUGAGAAGCUCUUCAUGGAAGUGUGUAAGAACUGCUCUGCUGUGCUCUGCUGCAGGAUGGCACCACUGCAGAAAGCUAAGGUGGUUCGCUUGCUGAAGACGUCUCCAGAGAAACCCAUUACGUUAGCCAUCGGAGACGGAGCCAAUGAUGUCAGUAUGAUCCAGGAGGCCCAUGUAGGAAUAGGUAUCAUGGGGAAAGAGGGAAGACAAGCUGUGCGAAACAGCGACUAUGCAGUUGCUAGGUUUAAGUUCCUCGCCAAGUUACUACUCGUCCACGGGCACUUCUACUACAUUCGAAUAGCGACACUCGUGCAGUACUUUUUCUACAAGAAUGUGUGCUUUAUCACACCGCAGUUUUUAUACCAGUUCUUCUGUCUGUUUUCACAACAAACACUGUAUGACAGUGUGUAUCUCACACUCUACAACAUCUGUUUCACCUCCCUCCCCAUCCUGGUGUACAGUCUCUUUGAACAGUUGGUUCAUCCUCACAUUCUACAGAGCAAGCCAGCACUUUACAGAGAUAUCAGUAGGAACUCGCUGCUGUCCUUCAAAACCUUUUUGUAUUGGACGAUCCUGGGCUUCUGCCAUGCCUUUGUCUUCUUCUUUGGCUGCUACAUCCUGAUGGGAGAGGACACAAGUCUGAUGGGAAAUGGACAGAUGUUUGGAAACUGGACUUUUGGUACGCUGGUGUUCACUGUUAUGGUCAUUACAGUAACCUUAAAGUUGGCGCUAGAGACACACUUCUGGACGUGGAUGAACCAUUUUGUCACGUGGGGAUCCAUUGCUUUCUACUUCAUAUUCUCCUUGUUCUAUGGAGGAAUUAUAUGGCCAUUUCUCCACACGCAGGACAUGUAUUUUGUCUUUGUCCAGCUGUUGUCCAGCGGUUCAGCCUGGUUUGCCAUCAUCAUCGUCGUCAUCACCUGCCUGUUCCCUGAUGUCAUCAAGAAAGUGUUUUACAGACACCUACAUCCCACCAGCACACAGAAGUCUCAGUGUAUCGAGGCGUACCGAGGCGUUGCCUGUAUGGACUCCGUGUCUUGUUUCCCAGAAGGCCGUGGUCUCUGUGGCUUUCUGGAGCGACUGAAGCGAGCCAACAGAUCGUGGAGCGACUCAGAUCCGUUCUCCUCCAACGACCGCAGCGUUUUGACCCUCUCUCCUGUGGAAGUCGCUCACUGCUAGUGUAUAAAGGCAUUAUCGUCGUCAUCAUCCUAACGAAGAAGUCUCAUGUCUUAAGACUUUUUUUUUUUUUAAAAACACAGAAAGACAGAGUUGUGAACUUUUUUUUUCUCCUUUUCUGAAUUAUAUGCACCUCGAUCAGAAUGGACCGUCCUUCCUGAGGAAACGUGUUGAAAGCCAUAUGAGCCUCUCUGUAUUAUUCCUGUCCUGUCGUGUAGCAUUAGCUCACUGCGGAGAUCUGGUCCCGAUUCUGAGAUCACCUCCUGAAGGAAGUGCACUCAUCAGCUUCAGCUCCAUCCAUCCUUCACCUUAUGUAUGCACUUAUGCUUUAAGUUCUUCCAUGAUCCUUAUUUAAUUAGCAUUCUUAUUUUUCUUCUUUUUGUGUGUGUGUUGUAACUUUCUGAGUGAGCCUGCAGACUACAUGUGCUCCUCAGAUUUCAGAGGCCUUUGGGGUUACUAUGGCAACUGUUUUAAGUCACUGUAGAAACAUGCUUGAUUUCUGAAGGUCAGGAAGUUUGGCCAAAAAUAAAAUAUCCUCUUUAGUCCAAACGGACUCGAUCAGCUAAAACAUUUUAGUGCACAAAAUUUGCUGCAUCGGUUUUGUACUGGAGCUCUACGACUAAUAUAGAUCACCUUUUUAGCAAUGCGUCUCAUUAUUAUUAUUUUUAGUAGGGGCACUUUAAUACUGACACUGGUAUCAGGUGUUGGUGUAAAAAAAAAAAAACACCAUUCUGCUACCAGCAUCUGAUCCCAUGUGACAAGCCUUGUGCAUGCUGUUGCACUAAUCAACAUAAAAGUUUUGGGAGGAAAAAAAGUAAAAAUGUGAACUAUUUAGUCUGAAUCUGAUACUCACCUUUACACUUUAGGCCACGCCCUUUUCUGACUCUAAUGCCAAUUUGUGCUGAGGAAGAAUACAGUUCAAUAUUUAUAUUACACCUGCUUUUAGCUUGUUGAUUAGUGUGUGGUUUCCGACACGCUUAACUGGUAGCUUUCAUUAUUUGUUAUUUUAACUGUAGAUCCAGUACAAAACUAGACAAGCAAAUGUGUUUUGGCUGAUAGAUAACAUGGCAGUUGUGAGAGAUUUUCUCAGUUAAGGCGCCAACCGAAGAUGUUCAGUUUCAGUCCUGUUACAUAUAUAUAUUUAUAAGUGUGUAUUGAAUUGAUAAAUCCUGUUUAAUAUAUUAAGACGGAGGAGUUGGUGAGUGGUCACGUCUCUGACAUGAGACCCGCUGUAAAACUGUGUGUUUGUUUUUUGAGAGAGGAGAUGAAUGAUGAGACUGCAGACAUAUCAGAUGAGGAACUGUUUUUUUUUGUUUUUGUUUUUUUCUGUCAACUAUGUACUUCUUGGUUAAACCACUUUUUUUGUCAGGGAACACACAGGGCAACAGCCAACUCAAUUCAUGUCAAACGAUCCACACUCAGCUGCCAGGUUAUUAGUGACUCCAGUGUUCCAGCUAAUAAACUGAUAGUUCAGUGUGUGUGCGCUUAUGCUGUGUGUGUGUGUUUCUCAGAGACAGUAGCAAUAAGAAUCUCUGGGCCAAGGAUCGUCCAGUCUGGCUGUGAGGCCAGAGCUUCAUUUCCUGGUUCAUUUCCAUUUAAAGAAAAAAUGUCAAUGAAGUAUGUUACUGUAAUUGUCCUCUCCUGACAGUGAAAGUGUUCAAUUGCUGUUUAUGGAAAUUCUAUUUACAGAAAAUAAAACUUGUUUUUAAAAAAAUGUA